AUGAUAAAGUAUAGGGUUAUAAAAACAUUCUUAUAUUUUUCAAAGGAUCCUGAAAAAUUAAGGAAAUGGAGCUCAGGGUUAAAUCAAGACUUAACUGCCAAUAAGUUUGUUUGUGAAUUACAUUUUUCAAAUGAUGAUAUUAUUAAAAGAGAUAUCGUAGAAUUAUUUAAUAGUGAUAUUUUUGUAUCUGACCGAAAAAAGUAUACAUUAAAACCAAAUGCAAUUCCAACAAUAAUUAAAAAUAAUACGUCUUUAGAACGCAGUGAUUUACCGUCGAAUCCUAAUAAUAAUGUUUCAACGCUUGAAAAUUCAACUACAAGGACUUCUAAAGAUGAAACUCUUGUUGGUUCUUUAGAUCUUCAUGUAAAAGUGAGUAACCAAGAUACUUCCAGCAGUACUCCUAAUCUUAAUUACGAGCUUCCACCCGAUUCUCAAAGUGAAAAUUUAAGUACAGAAGAUACUUUAAUAAAAUUAACUAUUAUGGAAUUAAUCGAAAUUUUAAGAACUAAAAUGUUACCUGAAAAAUGGAGCUGGGCCAGUGACGUACAGGAUUAUCAUAAAAUUUAUUUAUUUUAUGCAGAUCCUAAAUCUCUUUCGUUAAAAUUUCACGUUAAAAUUGAUGAGGAGUUUAAUAUUACGUUAACAAACAUGAAAACCAAUAAAUCAACUGGGAUAUCAUUUGAUCUGUUGAUUGUUGAAGAUUUUUGGGACUUAUUGAAACAGUUACAAAGCAGUGUUUUUUGUGAUGGUACAGGAUUUGAUUCUGAAAGAUGUUCUUUAAGUUGUAUAAAUAUAAUAACUGAUAAGAAGCAUCAACACUAUCAAGGUAUUAUUCGAUGCCAGUCUUGUCGAGUUUUGAGACGCCAACUACAAAAUCGUCAAAAUAAAUCUACCAAGGACUUGAAACUGCAAUGUAAUAAUUUGAAACAGCAAUUGAAGUUGCAGAAGCGAAAAUCCGCACGCCUGCAGCGAAAGAACAUCGAGUUAUCUCAAUUGAUAGAUGAGCAAAAGUUGAAAUGCGCUGCUGUUGAAACUAAAGUAAUUGAAAAAGCGAUAGCUGAUUUACCUGAAGUUCAACAAAAAGCAGUACGAGCUUGUUUUGAUUGUGCUAAAUUAAAAAACUUCAAGCUAAGAAGAUAUGAUGUCGAAUGGGUGUAUGAAUGUCUACUAAUUCGAAUCAAAAGUUCCGCGUUGUAUGAUCGUCUGAGAGAAAGACAAAUUUUACCCCUUCCAUGUAAGGAUACAUUGAAUUCUUACAUUCAAAAAUUAGAUAGCGCGUUUGGUUUCCCGAAAGCUAUUUUUGAGACACUUGCAUACAGAGCUUCACGUAUGGAAACUUAUUCUAAAAGGGGUACACUUCUUAUUGAUGAAGUAGCCUUGAGUGAAGGGGUGAAAUUAAAUUCGCGAACGAUGAAAUUUGAUGGUUUUGUCGACUUAGGAGAUCAUACACCAGAAAAGUACUUAAAUACAAGAGCUGACCAUGCUCUUGUAUUCAUGUUUCAGCCAUUUCAAGGCGACUGGGUACAAGUCGUUGGGAGUUUUUUAACCACUUCGGCACUAAUACAAAAAAUUAACAUUUUCAAUAUUUCUCAAAUAUAA